CUUUCGUAUUCGAUGCGUUAAGAAGGAUAACGCCUUCGAAAAAGCCAUUGCCGAGCAGCAGCAGCAUCUUCGAUGGCGGCUCUCACGGCGCCAUUUCCUUUCGCCGCCACUUUCCUGAAACUCAGGUCACUCUCUCUCUCCCCUCGCUUCAUCCCCGUCCGUACAUUCCCUCCCAUCCGCUGCUCUCUCUCCUCCUCCGAGCCCCUCGAGUUCGACAUCUCCUUCGCUCCUCCCAAACCCAAAUCCAAAGCCUCCGGCCCCGGAGGCCAGCAGCUGUUCAUCCCGUGGAUCAUCCGCGGCGAAGACGGCAAACUCAAGCUCCAGUCUGAGCCUCCGGCGCGUCUGCUACACGCUCUCGCCGAUGCCAAGACUCAGAACCCUCAGAAAAAAGAGAAGCCCAAGAAGAAGAAAACCCCCUCCGCUGCCGCCACCGGUACCGUCUCCGCUCCGGCGUCCUCGUCGGAGCCCAAGCUCUCCAAAGCGGCGCGUAGGUUUUACAACGAGAAAUUCAGAGAGCCUCCACAGCGUCUAAGUAAAGUUCUCGCUGCUGCUGGAGUGGCAUCAAGAAGAAGUUCUGAAGAGCUUAUUUUCGACGGGAAGGUUACUGUUAAUGGUUCUGUAUGCACCUCUCCUCAGACUCGAGUUGAUCCAGUGAGGGACAUUAUCUAUGUUAAUGGAAAUCGUCUUCCCAAGAAACUUCCUCCGAAAGUGUAUCUUGCACUUAACAAGCCAAAAGGGUACAUAUGUUCUUCUGGAGAAAAAGAGAUCAAAUCCGUCACAAGUCUGUUUGAAGAUUAUCUGGAGGGAUGGGACAAAAAGAAUCCAGGCAUGCCCAAGCCUCGUCUUUUUACUGUCGGCCGCCUUGACGUUGCCACAACUGGGUUAAUCAUAGUUACCAAUGACGGAGAUUUUGCUCAGAAACUUUCACAUCCUUCAUCCGGGUUACAGAAAGAAUACAUUGCAACAGUUGCCGGUGAUGUAAACAAACGCCACUUAAUUGCCAUAAGCGAAGGGGCAGUUGUAGAAGGAGUCCACUGUGUUCCAGAUUCUGUUGAAUUGAUGCCGAGGCAGCCUGAUAUUCCUAGAGAACGGCUUCGUAUUGUGGUUCAUGAAGGGAGGAACCAUGAAGUCAGAGAACUCGUGAAAAGUGCUGGGCUUGAGGUCCAUUCAUUGAAGCGUAUACGUAUAGGUGGCUUCAGGCUUCCAUCAGAUCUCGGGAUCGGGAAGCAUGUCGAACUGAAGCUAAGUGAUCUAAAGGCAAUGGGAUGGAAGAUUUGAAAAGGAUAAGUGAUUCCAGCAAUGGAAACUGACAUGUGUGUAGCCAGCCAAGAUCUUCAGUUGAUUUGGUGUGAUUCCCCGGGCAAGCUCCGAUCUGAUCCUGCUCGAGUAGUCCUUGAGCCUGAAUCUCUGCAAACUCGUAAACAUUUCUUCCAUGGAGGUACCUUCAUCCAGCCGAUCAAUACAUAACCAUAUGGCAUUUUUUUGUCUGAUGGAUGAAUGCUUCUUCAUAUGAGGGAACCUAGAGACAAGUCUUAUCCAGUCUCAUUGUUUUUUGUCUGUGGAAAUGCUUGUAAAGUGUUAGGACCUCAUAAGCACUUUGUAAUAACCACCAUUACAGUAUCUUAUUCUAC